UACACUUCUGGCAGCACUGGAGCUGUCAUACGCUAUUCCCCAUACACACCGUGGUAUGAACAACUACCUUCUAUACACACCGUGGUAUGAAUAGCUAGAUUCUAUAUACACUGCGAUCGCUUCCGUUACCGUUCUACGACACUUGAAGAAGAGAAGCCGAACUACAAGCACUACAGGACUACAAAUAUAUUUAGACAGAGAUAAAACAGUUCGGUUGUACAAUUGAUUUAAUUACGGUUCCGCCCCAUCUACAACAAUUUGGCGACGAGAAGUACGAAGCUACGUGAAUGUGCUAGGCGCAAUACACAUACAAAAAAGUUGCUGCAUCGUGAAUUUGGCUGUCUACUGCGUAAUUUUACAUUACAAUGGCGCUUCCUAACCCGGUUGUCGACGAUCCGGCAGUCGCCGGUCCCGCUUUGCCUGCUGUGAAUGGUGCUGCGGUACCAGUUACAUUUUAUUUCGAGCCAUUCAAUCCUGCUUCAUCUAAAUUUGACCGAUGGUUAAAUCGACUACAAAUUUCAUUCCGGAUUUACCACGUGCGUGAAGCCGAUAAACGCGAUUUUCUGCUACACUACAUGGGCGACCCUACAUACGAUGUGCUGUGCAAUAAGCUGAAAAAUGCUGAGCCACAUACGAAAACGUACGACGAGAUUGUAGCUCUACUGAAGGAACAUUACAGUCCUACUCCUUUGGAAAUACUGGAGAAUUUCAAGUUCGCGAGCCGUAAACAGCUAGAGCAAGAAACUCUAAGCGAUUACCUGAUGCAUUUGGAGAAGCUCGCCCAAACAUGCAAUUUCGGGGACUACAUGGACAAGGCCCUCCGGAACCAGUUCGUUUUUGGCAUCCAGAACCGUGUGAUACAGUCUCGAUUGCUGGAAGUGCGCGACUUAACCUUGACAAAGGCAAAGGAGAUCGCAUUCGGAAUGGAAAUGUCUCAUCGUGGAACCGAUGAAAUGCACAACUCACGUGAAAUGCACAAAAAAGUGAGGUUCAGUACAUCGAGCAUGGAGCAAACAAAACUAAAAAAAGCUUCCAGUCAUCGAGCCAAGGCAGUUCCAGUCAAAGUUCCGGUCGCCUGUCGAACAAGCAGAAUGGUGGAAAUAAACGAUGUUAUCGUUGCGGGGAUCCUGACCACUACGCAGACAAAUGCAAACAUAAAGCUACGAUCUGCAAAUACUGCAAGAAAGCGGGGCACCUUGAGAGGAUGUGUCUCACCAAGACCAACGAGAAGGGGACGGAUGACGCACAUCACCUGGAGGAGCAGCCGUGUGUUAUGAAGGAUGUGUUACACCUGAACGCGAUCCAAGGUAUUGCUGGGUCAGCGGACUUGCCGGUGGACCAAAGGUUGCGUCGUUCUCUGCGGACCAUCAAGCCUCCGCAAAGGCUCAACCUAUAACAACGAAUUCUAUUUUGCGCGGAAGAGCUGUUAUAUCUGAGCUACACUUCUGGCAGCACUGGAGCUGUCAUACGCUAUUCCCCAUACACACCGUGGUAUGAACAACUACCUUCUAUACACACCGUGGUAUGAAUAGCUAGAUUCUAUAUACACUGCGAUCGCUUCCGCUACCGUUCUACGACACUUGAAGAAGAGAAGCCGAACUACAAGCACUACAGGACUACAAAUAUAUUUAGACAGAGAUAAAACAGUUCGGUAGUACAAUUGAUUUAAUUACGGUUCCGCCCCAUCUACAACACACUUCCCUGACGUUUGUUUCCUGUCUUGCCCGUAACGUUUGUUAUUGUCAACCCACGCGGUUCUACUUCUUUUGUUUGUGCCCUAUACGGUCGUCUUAUGCCGCGAAGUUACGUUGCUGCCCAGAUUUGCGAAUAUUAAACGGUUCCUCACACAUUUCUCUAGUAGGGUUAACGUUCCAUGGCCGUUUCCGUAUUCACAAAUACAUCAUCGUACGAUGGUCGUAUCGGCCGUGAUGAAUUAUCAUCAGUUGCUGCCUUGUUUAAGUCGGAACUGCGUAGAUGCAUAUGGGAAAAUGUACGGUCCUGCAAAACAUUCUUAAAAAAUCGAGAAAAUAUUUCGAACAGCGCAACAAGGCUGCGGAUUAACAAGGUCACAUAAGAUACCUUCCUUUUACGGCUGGAAAACAGGUCCACUACCCGCUGCGAUCUCUCAUCCGUCUUUUCUCCUUGUAGAGGUACUACAUCCAGCACGCGAUUUGGAGGAAACGGCACCGCAUCACAAACCUCCAGCUGGCGACGAUCCUCCCGCGGUUCAGUGGCACAAAUCGCCCAAUUUAUACGCUCACCCCGUUCAGGAACCGGCUGGUCAGAAGCGUUGAUAUUGCUGGCGUCAGAUGGAGAGUAUUCCAUUACCUCGAUGUUUCGCUUCUCAUUCUCCUCUUUGUUGUAGGUGCAAAGAUGAAAAUUGCUGUACACCUCGGGUUUAACGGGCGCGGAUGCAGAGCAGGUACCGUACACCGACCAACCGAGCCUUGACUUUACGGCAAUUGGUUCGUCGAAUUUACCCUCGACGCACCGCGAUGGUUUUCCUAAAUAUAUAUUGUCCACGCCGAUGAGGAUACGUGGCACAACAUCAGUGUAGGAAGCAAUUGGGAGUCCUUGCAGGUACGGAAACUCUCUGGUAAGCUCGUCAAACGAUAUCGUCUGUGGUGGCAGCGCAAGCUUUUUUAGGCUGUACGCGGUGGGUAGCUCGUACGUAGUAGCACCUUUGUGUACGCCUGAUACACGAAGCGACAACAUCAGCGAGUCGCUUUCCUUACGAGUUGUGCCAUCAGUCCAUUUUAGGCUAAGUGGAUGGGCAGUACCUUCCAUGCCCAACU